AUGUGGGUAGUGAGGACGCUGGAGACCAGCUGUGGAGGAAGGCGGAGGUUCCUGCGCUCAGUGGUUAUGAGACUCCCCUGCUCCUUCUGGUUUCUGCUGCUGUUAGCUGCUGGAGGUCUCCUUCUGCUGCACCUACAGGACCUCACAGAGACACUUCAACAACAGAGUCAAGGUGCUCAGGUCAUAUUCAACCGUGUACAGCCUGUGAGAAAGGAUCAAUGUUCUCAUUGUUCUGACAAAGAUGGACAGUGGUCUUAUCCAACUGAGGACAACUUCCCCAGUCCCGCCCACCCAGUUGCACUUCCAGUCUUCCCGUGGGCCAGGCGUACCUCUCUACUCAAUCCCAAAGACAUCACCGCUGCACAUGUCACAAAAAGACACCGUAAACUCCUCCUCAAGAGCGGUACGCUUGUCCAGCCGCUCAACACUGACCCUCCUGGCCAAAACCGGGACAGCACAGAGCGGCUCAAUAGGAUACAGCAGGUACGUCAGAGGCUUAUGAGGGAAGUCUGUGCCAAAUACACAGGUGGGGCCACUAAAAGGUCUGUAACCCGCAUGCACGUGUCGCGUAUUUUUGUGGAGGACACACACAAACUCCUGUACUGUGAGGUGCCAAAGGCAGGCUGCUCUAACUGGAAGCGGGUGCUCAUGGUCCUCCAAGGUCUCGCGCCCUCCACAGAGAAGAUCCAACAUGAUGAGGUGCAUAACGGGAAUCACCUUAAACGCCUGGACUCCUUUGAUCACAUAAGCAUCAUCCAACGUUUAAAGACCUACACCAAAGUCAUAUUCCUGAGGGAGCCUUUUGAAAGGCUAGUGUCUGCUUUUAGGGAUAAAUUUGAGAGUCCAAACUCAUACUACCACCCGGUGUUUGGGAAAGCCAUCAUUUCAAGAUAUCGUAGAAACGCCACUCAGGUAGCUUUAAGCACGGGAGCGGGCGUCACCUUUAAGGAGUUCAUCCAGUAUUUGUUAGACGUGCACAGGCCGGUCGGCAUGGACAUCCACUGGAUGCCUGUAGCCCAGCUCUGUAGCCCCUGCCUGCUGGAUUACGACUUCAUUGGAAAAUUUGAGACUUUGGAAGAAGAGGCGAACUUCCUUUUGAGAAGCUUUGGAGCGCCGUCCAAUUUAACAUUCCCUACUUUCAAAGACAGAAACCCUAACGCAGAAAGAACGUCCUCGGAAAUUAUGAGGAGAUACUUUGCACAGUUAAACGUGACGGAGAGACAGAGAGUGUAUGACUUUUACUACAUGGAUUAUCUGCUGUUCAACUACUCCAAACCGUUUAAUGAUUUGUACUGAGGCCACCGUAGUUAUAUUACGAAACUGAACCUGUCGUUCACGUUUUGUCAUAGUGAAGUUAUUACUUUAAAAUGUUGUUUGUUUAUUUAUUAUGGAAUUUACGAGUGAAAUGUUAAUCACACUGUAUUAAUCUAAGUGACUGCAGGCUGGCCCUCGCUUUUAUCUUAUUUACAAACAUAUUAAAUCUCAUGUUCAGUAAGCAAACCUUUUAACACGUCUGUGUAGGUGGCAUGUUUUCUUCAAACCGCUUUGAAUGAUAAACUGUACUGAGAGCGUCUGCAAAAUGUUGUUUUACAGUCAGAUAAACACAAAGAUGUCUGAUUGUAAGUAAGUGCAACAUUCUUCAAAGCCACUGAGUUUAAAUCAAUUAGUGUAAAUUGACUCUAUACAACAUGUAAUUAUUUUUAACUAACUGACGCUUUGGUCCAUAUUGGUACGAUAACUAUACAAUUUUAAUUGUUGUACAUGUUUAAGAACAAUUUGUAUACAAUGUGUUGUCUAUCACAACGUGACCUAAUACACCUUUUGCCUUACUUUCGCAUUUCUUAUAUUAGGAAGAUUCUCCUUCCAUUCCAUUUUUUG